UGUCGGAGCUGGGUGUCGCCUGGCAGUCCCCUCUCCCCUUUCCUCGCUCCCCUUCUCGCCCUGGUACUCUCACCUCCCUCUGCCUCCAGCCCCCUCUCGCUCCUUUGGGCUCACGCCCCCCUCCUCCCCCUCCAGCUGGCGGGGGCUGCGCUGCCUCCCAGACCUAGCAGACCUGCUCAGUCAGCUGAGGCUCCCUGAGGACAGCUGCCUCCGGAGCCGCCGGGACCUUCCAUUCUGCGCGGGAUGGCAGCGGCAGCAGCAUCCCCGCCAGCGGCAGCGGCGGCUGCGGCCACCGCCACCACCUCGGACGCUAUUGUUCCCUGGUGUUAGACGCGCUCUCCCUCCUUCUCAUCUGAAGCGAACAAUAGCAGGAAAGAGCUUUGCUUUCUGUACUCUUUGGGAAGACGUUCCAAGAGCGGAGAAAAAUUCCCUGCCGAGCGUGCUGCGGCUCUGGACCCUGGAGUGGCUGCGGGCGGCAUGGGGCUGCAAGCCAGGCGCUGGGCGUCCGGGAGCCGGGGCGCUGCGGGGCCGCGCCGGGGCGUCCUGCAGCUGCUGCCGCUGCAGCUCCUCUUGCUGCUGCUGCGCCCGGGCGCCUGCAGGGCUGCAGCGCAGGGCGAGGCGGAGGCGCCCACCCUCUAUCUGUGGAAGACUGGUCCAUGGGGCCGAUGCAUGGGAGAUGAAUGUGGUCCAGGAGGCAUCCAAACGAGGGCUGUGUGGUGCGCUCAUGUGGAGGGAUGGACGACGCUACAUACUAACUGUAAGCAGGCUGAGAGACCCAAUAACCAGCAGAAUUGUUUCAAAGUUUGCGACUGGCACAAGGAAUUGUAUGACUGGAGGCUGGGACCCUGGAAUCAGUGUCAGCCUGUGAUUUCAAAAAGCCUAGAGAAACCUCUUGAAUGCAUUAAGGGGGAAGAAGGUAUUCAGGUGCGGGAGAUAGAGUGCAUCCAGAAAGACAAAGAUAUUCCUGCGGAGGAUAUCAUCUGUGAGUACUUUGAACCCAAGCCUCUCCUGGAGCAGGCUUGCCUCAUUCCUUGCCAGCAAGAUUGCAUUGUGUCUGAGUUUUCGGCCUGGUCCGAAUGCUCGAAGACCUGCGGCAGCGGGCUCCAGCACCGGACGCGUCACGUGGUGGCGCCCCCGCAGUUCGGAGGCUCUGGCUGCCCAAACUUGACGGAGUUCCAGGUGUGCCAGUCCAGCCCCUGCGAGGCCGAAGAGCUCAUGUACAGCCUGCAUGUGGGGCCCUGGAGCACCUGCUCAAUGCCCCACUCCCGACAAGUAAGACAAGCAAGGAGACGUGGGAAGAAUAAAGAACGGGAAAAGGACCGCAGCAAAGGAGCAAAGGAUCCAGAAGCCCGCGAACUUAUUAAGAAAAAGAGAAACAGAAACAGACAGAACAGACAAGAGAAUAAAUAUUGGGACAUCCAGAUUGGAUAUCAGACCAGAGAGGUUAUGUGUAUUAACAAGACGGGGAAAGCUGCUGAUUUGAGCUUUUGCCAGCAAGAGAAGCUUCCAAUGACCUUCCAGUCCUGUGUGAUCACCAAAGAGUGCCAGGUUUCCGAAUGGUCAGAGUGGAGCCCCUGCUCAAAAACAUGCCACGACCUGGUGUCCCCCGCAGGCACUCGUGUAAGGACACGCACCAUCAGGCAGUUUCCUAUUGGCAGUGAAAAGGAGUGUCCAGAACUUGAGGAAAAAGAGCCCUGUGUGUCUCAAGGAGAUGGAGUUGCCCCCUGUGCCACGUAUGGCUGGAGAACUACGGAGUGGACUGAAUGCCGUGUGGACCCUUUGCUCAGUCAGCAGGACAAGAGGCGCGGUAACCAGACAGCCCUCUGUGGCGGGGGCAUCCAGACCCGAGAGGUGUACUGCGUGCAGGCCAAUGAAAACCUUCUCUCACAAUUAAAUACCCACAAGAACAAAGAAGCCUCAAAACCAGUGGACUUGAAAUUAUGCACUGGCCCUGUCCCUAAUACUACACAGCUGUGCAACAUUCCUUGUCCAACUGAAUGUGAAGUUUCACCUUGGUCAGCUUGGGGACCUUGUACUUACGAAAACUGUAAUGAUCAGCAAGGAAAAAAAGGCUUCAAACUGAGGAAGCGGCGCAUUACCAAUGAGCCCACUGGAGGCUCUGGGGGAACUGGAAACUGCCCUCACUUGCUGGAAGCCAUUCCCUGUGAAGAGCCUGCCUGUUAUGACUGGAAAGCAGUGAGACUCGGAGACUGUGAGCCAGAUAACGGGAAGGAGUGUGGUCCGGGCACGCAAGUUCAAGAGGUUGUGUGCAUCAACAGUGAUGGAGAAGAAGUUGACAGACUGCUGUGCAGAGAUGCCAUCUUCCCCAUCCCUGUGGCCUGUGAUGCCCCAUGCCCGAGAGACUGUGUGCUCACCACAUGGUCUACGUGGUCCUCCUGCUCUCACACCUGCUCAGGGAAAACCACAGAAGGGAAACAGAUACGAGCACGAUCUAUUCUGGCCUAUGCGGGUGAAGAAGGUGGAAUUCACUGUCCAAAUAGCAGUGCUUUGCAAGAAGUGCGAAGCUGUAAUGAGCAUCCUUGCACUGUGUACCACUGGCAGACUGGUCCCUGGGGCCAGUGCGUGGAGGACACCUCCGUAUCGUCCUUCAACACAACUACGACUUGGAACGGGGAGGUCUCCUGCUCUGUCGGCAUGCAGACGAGAAAAGUCAUCUGUGUGCGAGUCAAUGUGGGCCAAGUGGGACCCAAAAAAUGUCCUGAAAGCCUUCGACCUGAAACUGUAAGGCCUUGUCUGCUUCCUUGUAAGAAGGACUGUAUUGUGACCCCAUAUAGUGACUGGACAUCAUGCCCUUCUUCAUGUAAAGGAGGGGACUCCGGUAUCAGGAAGCAGUCUAGGCAUCGGGUCAUCAUUCAGCUGCCAGCCAAUGGGGGCCGAGACUGCACAGAUCCCCUCUAUGAAGAGAAGGCCUGCGAGGCACCUCAAGUGUGCCAGAGCUACAGGUGGAAGACCCACAAAUGGCGCAGAUGCCAAUUAGUCCCUUGGAGCGUGCAACAAGACAGCCCUGGAGCACAGGAAGGCUGUGGGCCUGGGCGACAGGCAAGAGCCAUUACUUGUCGCAAGCAAGAUGGAGGACAGGCUGGAAUCCAUGAGUGCUUACAGUACGCAGGCCCUGUACCAGCCCUUACCCAAACCUGCCAGAUCCCCUGCCAGGAUGACUGUCAACUGACCAGCUGGUCCAAGUUUUCUUCAUGCAACGGAGACUGUGGUGCAGUUAGAACCAGAAAGCGCACUCUUGUUGGAAAAAGUAAAAAGAAGGAAAAAUGUAAAAAUUCCCAUUUGUAUCCCCUGAUUGAGACUCAGUAUUGUCCUUGUGACAAAUACAAUGCACAGCCUGUGGGGAACUGGUCAGACUGUAUUUUACCAGAGGGAAAAGUGGAAGUGAUGUUGGGAAUGAAAGUACAAGGAGACAUCAAGGAGUGUGGACAAGGAUAUCGUUACCAAGCAAUGGCCUGCUAUGAUCAAAAUGGCAGGCUCGUGGAAACAUCCAGAUGUAACAGCCAUGGUUACAUUGAAGAGGCCUGCAUCAUCCCCUGCCCCUCAGACUGCAAGCUUAGUGAAUGGUCCAACUGGUCGCGCUGCAGCAAGUCCUGUGGGAGUGGUGUGAAGGUUCGGUCUAAAUGGCUGCGAGAAAAGCCGUAUAAUGGAGGAAGGCCUUGCCCCAAACUGGACCAUGUCAACCAGGCACAGGUGUAUGAGGUUGUUCCAUGCCACAGCGACUGCAACCAGUACCUGUGGGUCACAGAGCCCUGGAGCAUCUGCAAGGUGACCUUUGUGAAUAUGCGGGAGAACUGUGGAGAGGGCGUGCAAACCCGAAAAGUGAGAUGCAUGCAGAAUACAGCAGAUGGCCCUUCUGAACAUGUAGAGGAUUACCUCUGUGACCCAGAAGAGAUGCCUCUGGGCUCUAGAGAGUGCAAAUUACCAUGCCCCGAGGACUGUGUGAUAUCUGAAUGGGGUCCAUGGACCCGAUGUGUAUUGCCUUGCAAUCAAAGCAGUUUCCGGCAAAGGUCAGCUGAUCCCAUCAGACAGCCAGCUGAUGAAGGAAGAUCCUGCCCUGAUGCUGUUGAGCAGGAACCCUGUAACCUGAACAAAAACUGCUACCACUAUGAUUAUAAUGUAACAGACUGGAGUACAUGUCAGCUGAGUGAGAAGGCAGUUUGUGGAAAUGGAAUUAAAACAAGGAUGUUGGAUUGUGUUCGAAGUGAUGGCAAGUCAGUUGACCUGAAAUAUUGUGAAGAGCUGGGCCUGGAGAAGAACUGGCAGAUGAACACGUCCUGCGUGGUGGAAUGCCCUGUGAACUGUCAGCUUUCUGAUUGGUCUCCUUGGUCAGAAUGUUCUCAAACAUGUGGCCUCACAGGAAAAAUGAUCCGAAGACGAACAGUGACCCAGCCCUUUCAGGGUGAUGGAAGACCUUGCCCUUCCCUGAUGGACCAGUCCAAACCCUGCCCAGUGAAGCCUUGUUAUCGGUGGCAAUAUGGCCAGUGGUCUCCAUGCCAAGUGCAGGAGGCCCAGUGUGGAGAAGGGACCAGAACAAGGAACAUUUCUUGUGUAGUAAGUGAUGGGUCAGCGGAUGAUUUCAGCAAAGUGGUGGAUGAGGAAUUCUGUGCUGACAUUGAACUCAUUAUAGAUGGUAAUAAAAACAUGGUUCUGGAGGAAACCUGCACCCAGCCUUGCCCAGGUGACUGUUAUUUGAAGGACUGGUCUUCCUGGAGCCUGUGUCAGCUGACUUGUGUGAAUGGUGAGGAUCUAGGCUUUGGUGGAAUACAGGUCCGAUCCAGAGCGGUGAUUAUACAAGAACUAGAGAAUCAGCAUCUGUGCCCAGAGCAGAUGUUAGAAACAAGAUCAUGUGAUGAUGGACAGUGCUAUGAAUAUAAAUGGAUGGCCAGUGCUUGGAAGGGCUCUUCCCGAACAGUGUGGUGUCAAAGGUCAGAUGGUAUAAAUGUCACAGGGGGUUGCUUGGUGAUGAGCCAGCCUGAUGCCGACAGGUCUUGUAACCCGCCGUGUAGCCAACCCCACUCGUAUUGUAGCGAGACAAAAAUAUGCCACUGUGAAGAAGGGUACACUGAAGUCAUGUCUUCUAACAGCACCCUUGAGCAAUGCACACUUAUCCCCGUGGUGGUAAUACCCACCAUGGAGGACAAAAGAGGAGAUGUGAAAACCAGUCGGGCUGUCCAUCCAACCCAACCCUCCAGUAACCCAGCAGGACGGGGAAGGACCUGGUUUCUACAGCCAUUUGGGCCAGAUGGGAGACUAAAGACCUGGGUUUACGGUGUAGCAGCUGGGGCAUUUGUGUUACUCCUCUUUAUUGUCUCCAUGAUUUAUCUAGCUUGCAAAAAGCCAAAGAAACCCCAACGAAGGCAAAACAACCGACUGAAACCUUUAACCUUAGCCUAUGAUGGAGAUGCUGACAUGUAACAUAUAACUUCUCCUGGCAACAACCAGUUUCGGCUUUCUGACUUCAUAGUAGAUGUCCAGAGGCCACAACACACGGAUCCAAACUGUGUGGAUUAAAAUACAUUUCAAUUUUUAAAAAGGGCGUCAUAAAGUCAAGAGUGAAAAUCAUACUGCCACUGGAGAUAUUCAACACAGUACCACUUACAUACAUCAACUGUGAGAAUUAUAGGAGAUUUAGUUGAAUACAUGCUGCAUUCUGAAAGUUUUAUGUCAUCUUUUCUGAAGUCUACCAACGAAAAUCCACCUUCAUCUCUAAAAAAUAAUGGUGGGAUUGAUCAGGUAGAAUGCCUGAUACAAGACUGUCUGCAGUGUUAAUCCAUAAAACUUUCUAGCAUGACGAGUUUCUACCAAGAUCUCCACAAUACUAUAAAUUAACAACAUGUGUUGAUGCACAUUAUGUCAGAUUAUGUACUUGUUAAUAAGCAAUUUUAACAAUGCCUAACAAGCUCUAAGCUAAGCAGAAAACCCACUGAAUAAAUUCAGCAUCUUGGUGGUCGAUGGUAGAUUUUAUUGACCUGCAUUUCAGAGACAAGGACUCUUUUUUAAGACUCCAUUCUUGUCUCUCUCCAAAGUAAGAAUGCUGGACAAGUACUAGUGUCUUAGAAGAAAGAGUCCUCAAGUUCAGUAUUUUAUAGUGGUUAUUGUCUGGAAAACUAAUUUACUUGUGUUAAUAUGUUUCUACUUUCCCUGAUUUUCAAACUGGUUGCCUGCAUCUUUUUUGCUAUAUGGAAGGCACAUUUUUGCACUAUAUUAGUGCAGCAUGAUAGGCACUUAACCAGUAUUGCCAUAUAAACUGCCUCUUUUCAUAUGGGAUGAAGACAUCUGUGCCAAGAGUGUCAUGAAGACAUUUGCAAGUUCUUGUAUCCUGAAGAGAGUAAAGUUCAGUUUGGAUGGCAGCAAGAUGAAAUCAGCUAUUACACCUGCUGUACACACUCUUCCUCAUCACUGCAGCCAUUGUGAAAUUGACAACAUGGCGGUAAUUUAAGUGUUGAAGUCCCUACCCCUUAACCCUCUAAAAGGUGGAUUCUUCUAGUUGGUUUGUAAUUGUUCUUUGAAGGCUGUUUAUGACUAGAUUUUUAUAUUUGUUAUCUUUGUUAAGAAAAGAAAAGAAAAGAAAAAAAGGAACUGGAUGUCUUUGUAAUUUUGAGCAGAUGGAGAAAAUAAUGUAUCAAUGACUUUUGUAACUAAAGGAAAUCAAAAUUAUAUGUUGAUUUUUCUUUCUCUCUAAUUUGAUUUCUCAGUUUCAGAUUGAAUGUCUGUCUUGGAGGCACUAUUUUAAAAUCCAUAGUCUUUUGUCUUUCUCACUGACAAAAUUUGAAGCCAUCUUUUCAAUGCAUGAUUUCAAAUUUUUAAGAGAGAAGAAUAAAUAUCUUGUCCAAGACUUCA